AUGACGAACGUGAUAACGGUAUCCCAUACUCCACUGGAUAUUGUACAUCCAGGAGGUGCAGAUUCAAUGGGAAGUGAAUUGCGUGACUCAUUAAAAACAGGCAACCGUUCCGCACUUCGUCCUCCGUUUUCCCUUUCUAAGCCUGAGCGCAAAGCAACAACGUCGACCACCACUGCCCAGCGAAAGACUACAACACUGUCUCGGGGUCGGAGACGAGAUCACUCAGCCUGCCCACAAUUCUCCGCCGACAAAAUCAAGGAGACCGAUCCAUACCGAGUCGAACUGCUUUGGCGAGAAGUCAUGGCACCAAAAAAUCCGUCAUACUUACGCCCAACGAAAUCCAGCCAAGUCAGGAACGAGGCCCGCCUGAAUAAGCCAAAUCCGUCACCUGAAAACCCUACAACAGAUGAGGAUCCAGCAGGUUCUUUCACAGCACCUACCUCUAUAACAGCUACCAGCAGAAAACAGAGCGUCAAAACCGCCACGGUCCGCGACGUCGACUUCGAACACACUCAGUUAAUUCCGCGGGGUGUUGACAUGAAUCGAGACACAGAUGUGAGUCUGGGCUCUGUGGCAGGGGCUUACGCCUAUUUUCGCUCCGAACCACCUUCGAACCUGGCGGAAUCAUGCGAAUUCUACAGAUCCAUUGUUCAGAAGAGCCUGGCAGGAAGAGUUGAACGGGAUGUAGACGAUUCGAUCUUCCCAGCAAUGGGCGCCGGCUUUGUGGAAUCCGUGCACACGGCCUAUCGCAGCCUAGGGGAGGCAGGACUUCCAGAACCUGAGUUCAAGGCAUAUGCUUUGCAGAAUCUGUUCAUUGGGCAGUACGGCCUCCUAGCAGAUGACACUAGACGGCAGCUUUGUGCUGUACGGUCUGUGGAAUGGUCGCUCAAGCCCCGCGAAUACCACGAAUCCCGCUUGUGGCGUGCGCCUCCAAUCCUCUCUCCGAACUCUCCUCCUUCCAAGCGCUUUGUCUUCGACAUUUACCCCGACUGUCAAUUCUGGCUUUGCGACAAGAUCAUAAAUCCCGAUUAUCGAGCAAGCAUCCGCCAUGUCGUGUAUCGCGAGGCCUUGGCUACAUUCUGUCCCUAUUUCUCGAUUGAGUUUAAAGCCACAACUGAUGACACGCGGACCGUGGAGAACCAGGUAGCCGCUGCAGGCUUGAUUUCCUUGUUCAAUCGAUAUCACUUGAAGCUCGACGCCAAUCCUCAUCCUACUCCAGAGCAAUGGAAACUGGUUCGUCAUUACGGAUUGACGAUGGAGAAAGAAAAUUGGACUGUGUGGCUCUUUGAGCCCAAAAUAGCCAAUGAGGCUUGGGCUGGCUGCAAAAUACAAAAACUUGAUGAUGGGACUUGUAAGGCUGGAUCAGAAGUUCGCGGAUUGCUCUCAUGGAUCAACGAGAUUCAUCGCUGGGGCCUUUGCGAGUACGCUCCAGGAUGUGAAGAUGAUAUCAAACACAUUCUGGGGAGCGAGUUUGAUGAGGGAGGUUCUUAG